CGCGGCGAGGGGCCGUGGCGGUGGCUGCCGGUGGCCGUGGCGGUGGCGGUGGCCGUGGCCGUGCCCCUGCCGAGCGCCCGCAGGCCGGCGCGCAGCGCAGCGCAGCUCCGGACGCAUGAAGAAAAUACUUCCUAUGAAGAGUAAAAGUACUUGAUUCUGGGAAGACUCUUAAAGCACUUCUAACUUCAAAGCUGGAGGAAACUAUGAAGGAACAGUCCAUCUGACUCCCUCAGCAUCUCACACAGAACACAAAAUGGCUCUUCAGAAAAAAACUGUUGCUGGUGUCUUGGAGGAGUUGUGUUUGGAGGAACUGCUGUUUGGUUGCAGAUGGCACCAGAAUGUUAGGAAAAAACUGAGACUGAUACGAAUUAUAGUUCUUCUUGUCACUGUAGUGGCCAUUAGUACUUUCUCUCUUUCAGUUAGUGCCUUUUUCAAGAUGGAGCCACAUAGCAUGGCGUUGGCCAGCAGCCUAGAUAGCCAAAAGCUGGUGCGUGGACACCAAAGAACUCUGUUGGAUUUCACGGAACAGAAUGAAGAUGGCACUCCAGACCCACACACUUCUAUGAGAUACGAAGCUGAGCACGACAACGCAACAGAUGAUCAUGCCAAGGGAGAGUAUCCCGAGGACCUUUUCUCUCUUGAGGAGAGAAGAAAGGGAGCAGUGAUCCUCCAUGUAAUUGGAAUGAUUUACAUGUUUAUAGCCUUAGCCAUAGUCUGUGAUGAGUUCUUUGUACCUUCCUUGACUGUCAUCACUGAAAAACUGACCAUAUCUGAUGAUGUGGCAGGUGCAACCUUCAUGGCUGCUGGUGGAUCAGCCCCAGAACUCUUCACCUCUUUAAUAGGAGUGUUUAUAUCCCACAGCAAUGUCGGCAUUGGUACAAUAGUGGGAUCUGCCGUGUUCAAUAUCCUGUUUGUUAUUGGAAUGUGUGCUUUAUUUUCUAGAGAGAUCUUGAACCUUACUUGGUGGCCACUCUUUCGAGAUGUGUCCUUUUACAUCAUUGACUUGAUCUUGCUAAUCAUCUUUUUUCUGGAUAACUUGAUCAUGUGGUGGGAAAGCUUAACGCUCCUGAUAGCAUAUUUUUUCUAUGUGACUUUCAUGAAGUUCAAUGUUCAAGUAGAAGAAUGGGUGAAGAAAUUUUUAAACAGAAACAAGGUUGAGAAGGUAACAGCAGCAGACGCUGAAGGAAAGUCACCUAAUGCUGGCGACAAGGAUGACCAAACGUUGACGACCAAGCCACGGCUCCAGCGGGGAGGAAGCUCUGCAUCUCUCCACAACAGUCUAAUGAGGAACAGCAUCUUCCAGCUCAUGAUUCACACACUUGACCCACUUGCUGAAGAGCUUGGAUCAUAUGGAAACCUAAAAUAUUAUGACACAAUGACUGAAGAAGGAAAGUUCAAGGAAAGGGCCUCAAUUCUGCAUAAGAUUGCCAAAAAGAAGUGCCAGGUGGAAGACAGUGAAAGGCAGAAUGGAGCUGCUAAUCAUGAAAAAAGUGCAAAAGUGGAAGUUGCGGUAACACCACCAAGUGAUUCAGGACCAGUGCAGAAUGGAAUCGCCCAUAACGUUGAAGAAGAGAAUGAAGAGGAUGAGGACCAGCCUCUCAGCCUGGCCUGGCCUGACACCCCACGCAAGCAGCUCACCUACCUUCUUGUACUACCCAUUGUUUUUCCACUGUGGGCUUCUCUCCCGGAUGUCAGAAAACCUAGCUCAAGAAAAUUUUUUCCUAUCACAUUUUUUGGCUCUAUCAGCUGGAUUGCAUUUUUUUCUUACUUAAUGGUCUGGUGGGCACAUCAGGUUGGAGAGACCAUUGGUAUUAGUGAAGAAAUCAUGGGAUUGACUAUUCUAGCUGCUGGCACAUCCAUUCCUGACCUUAUUACCAGUGUUAUUGUAGCACGCAAAGGUCUGGGGGACAUGGCUGUAUCCAGUUCUGUUGGAAGCAACAUAUUUGACAUCACAGUGGGCCUUCCUCUUCCGUGGCUCCUGUAUGCUGUGAUUAACAGCUUUGCCCCGGUGACAGUCAGCAGCAAUGGUCUGUUCUGUGCGAUUGUCCUCCUCUUCAUCAUGCUGCUCUUUGUCAUCCUCUCCAUCGCUUUCUGCAAGUGGAGGAUGAAUAAAAUCCUUGGCUUUCUCAUGUUUGGGCUUUAUUUUGUGUUCCUGAUUGUCAGUGUCCUCCUGGAGGACAAAGUGAUCCAAUGUCCUGUCUCCAUCUAGUGGAAAGUGCUAUUUCUCAAGGAAAAAAAAAAAAAAAUUAUUUAAAAAAAUACAUAUAUUAAAAUGAAACAGUGAAAAACC